AUUUAAUUUACAACAAAACCCACGAUUUACACUGAUAGCUGUAGGUAUAAAAGAAGCGCUGGUUAAUGUGUACUCCUUAGGGUUUGGUUAUUAGGGUUUUCGCUGACCGGUGCGCAGUCGAGCCUCCAGAAGACGAAUCGAAAAUGCCGUCGCACAAGACAUUCAGAAUCAAGAAGAAGUUGGCGAAGAAGAUGAGGCAGAACAGGCCCAUUCCCUACUGGAUCCGCAUGAGGACCGAUAACACCAUCAGGUACAACGCGAAGCGCCGUCACUGGCGUCGCACCAAGCUUGGAUUCUGAGGUGUAUGCUCUGCCUAGGUUCAAUUUAUCCAAUUAAUUAGUGUUUAAUUUUCUUGAGGCAAAAACAAUGUUUUGAGUUUUUAAUAUUUUCCAUUUGUUCGAAGACUAUAUUGUGUAAGGAACUUAUUGUAGUUCAUACUCAUGGCGUUUGUCAACUCCUUUUAAAGUAUUUUCGGAUUCAUUGCAUUUGGUA